UUUGCUUUAUUUAUAGGCUGUACAUUGGCCCAGCGUCCUGGUUUCAAGGCCGGUCCCAGCUAUCCAAAAUCUCAACGUCAUUUCCCCAAACGUACCACCGAACCACCAGCCUCUCAAGAUGAUUACGAACCCACCGAAGAAUGUCCCGAAUCUGAUGGUUUCUUCCCUGACUCCAAACAAUGUGAUAAAUACUAUCAUUGUGUUGAUGGUGUACCUACCGAGAAAUUAUGUGCCGAUGGUAUGGUCUUCAAUGACUACAGCAGCCAUGAGGAGAAAUGUGAUUUGCCCUAUAAUAUUGACUGCUCGAAACGUCCUGAAUUACAACCCCCACAACCCACCCAACAUUGCCCACGCAAGAAUGGCUAUUUCGGCCAUGAGAAACCUGGCAUUUGUGAUAAAUUCUACUACUGCGUUGAUGGCCAAUUCAAUAUGAUCACCUGCCCAGCUGGUUUGGUAUUCAAUCCCAAGACUGGCAUCUGCACCUGGCCCGAUGAGGUUGGUGUCAGCGGUUGCAAGUCGGAAGAUAUCUUUGAAUUUGAAUGUCCAGCUGUCAAUGAAACCAUUGCUGUGACACAUCCUCGCUAUGCUGAUCCCGAUGAUUGUCAAUUUUUCUAUGUCUGUGUAAAUGGUGAUACACCACGUCGUAAUGGCUGUAAAUUGGGUCAAGUGUUCGAUGAUACCAAGAAACAUUGUGAAUGGGCUCGUUUGGUGCCAGAAUGUGCCGAUUGGUACAAGGACCGUUUGACUGAUGCCGAAUUGGAGGAGUUGGAAAAUCCCAAACCCAAGGAAAAGAAGAAGCCUCAACGUACACGUGGUCAAUCGAGACGUAAACCAGCUCAUGUCGAAGAAGAGGAUGAUGAAUAAGAGCGGCAUUUUUUAACAUUUGUGAAGACUGCAGCUUUUAAAGAAAAAAUUAGCUUUAAGAUUUU